AUGUAUUCAAAUCAUCAACAAUCAAUAGGAACAAUGCAUGGACCAUUAGCUACAAAUAAUUAUAUUCCACCGAAUACAUCACGUUUUUCAGUAGCUACUAAUCAUAAUCGAAGAAAUAGUAAUGGUACAAAAGAUGGUGGUAAUAUUGAAAAAACAAAUAUGAUGUCAAGUGAAAAUCCAUUUGUUGAUCCAGCUCGUCCAUUUGAACAUUUUAGUUCACCACGUUCAAUAACUUCUAUAACAUCUCCACGAAAAAAUGAUGGUUCUCUAAAUAAAUCAUUAAAUCUUUCUGAUGAAAAUCCAUUUCAUGCUAUUUAUGGAAAUUAUCGUUAUCCAGUACAAAUCGAUCCAUCGAAAAAAAUAACCAGUCAAAGUACAGCUAAUCGUUCAAUAGAUAGCAAAUCUUUGCAUAUGUCCGGUGAAAAUCCAUUUUCGAAAACUUAUGAACGUUAUCAACAACCAACACAAACAAGUCCACCAAAAUAUAUUCCUGAAAUACCAAAAGUGACAGAAUCAUAUACUUCGUCAAACGGAUUGUCACAUUCUAAUUCAUUUAGUAGUUAUCGACCGUCAUUAAUUCGACAAUAUUCAGCUGGUGAUAUUGGACUUGGAUUCAAUUCAAUUUCAACAUCUAUUGCUGAUUGGGAACGAAAUAAUCCAGCACCACUUUCUUAUAGACCUAUUCCUGUACAAAGACCACCACCAGAAUAUUAUAGUUAUAAUAAACCAUCGUAUAAUCCACCAUCCAGUCCACCUCGUCAACAACAACAACAGGUGCCACCGCUACAGCUAUCACCACGAUCAGUAGCACCUCUAACAUCAACAUCAUUUCAAGCUAAAAAACCAAAUAUGUCAGCUCCAUUAGAUAAAACAUCAUUAAAUAUGAGCCCUGAUAAUCCAUUUGCAUCAACUUAUGGUCGAUAUUAUUAUCCAUCACCUGACGAAAUUAAAUCACAAAAACGAGAAAGUGAACGUACUGUUCGUUUUGCAGAUGAAGUUCCUACGAAUGAAAAUCGUACAACACAAUCAAUAAAUCAAAUAACUGAACGUUCAGAACCAGAAAAAAAAGAUGUAAAUACAGGCAAAAGCAAAAUGAAAGCUACACGUUUUGACAUCGAAUUUUAA